AUGGGGCUACAAUCCUUCGUCUUCUUGAAUCUAUAUCCUCACAUGGGGAGACAAAUAAACAAGAGGAAACGAGUAAUUUCUACCGAACCAAACAGGAACCCGACAGCGGUUUUCGCGAGAAGAUACGCCAACCAUUUAGUCCCAGCUCUCAAGAAGAUCAGCAUGAGCAAGCCUUCUUCGGGAAACGACCAUCUCCGGUCCAAGUUCGAACUAACUUCAGUGGUAUCAGAGCAUUUGUUGAUCUUAAAAGGGUCUGUGAGUGUGUUGAAGAAGAGGCUUUGUUUUUCAAUGGAGCAAGGCGAUAUUUCUGGGUCUUCGUUUUCAAGCAUGUCUCCACCCAUGUUUGAUGGCGAGAAUUAUCAGGUCUGGUCUGUCAAGAUGAAGGUAUUCUUGAAAGGGUCAGAUUUGUGGGAAGCUGUUGAGGAGGAUUAUGAGAUUCCUCCAUUGACAGGAAAUCCGACACUCAAUCAGAUCAGAAGCCAUAAGGAGAAGGUGACGAGGAAGGCCAAGGCGAUGUCUUGCAUUUUCUCGGCAGUUUCUCCUUCCGUUUUCACGAAGAUUAUGAAUUUGGAGUCAGCAAAGGCCAUGUGGGAUUUGUUGCAAAAGGAGUUUGAAGGUGAUGAUAAGAUCCGAGGUAUGAAAGUGUUGAAUUUGAUGAGAGAUUUUGAAAGACAACAGAUGAAACCAUCAGAGUCUAUCAAGGAAUAUGUUGAUCGUCUUGUUGAGAUUGUCAAUAAGAUUCGAAUCCUGGGAACAGAUAUCACUGAUCAGAGAAUUGUGCAGAAGAUCAUGGUCUCUGUUCCUGAAAGAUUUGAAGCUACAUUGGCUUCUCUGGAGAAUACAAAGGAGAUGGCGAAUCUGAAGCUUGCAGAACUGCUGAGUUCUCUUCAAGCUCAGGAACAAAGACGGAUAAUGCGAAAGGAAGAAUCGACAGAAGGGGCUUUGAAGGCAAAAGCCAAGUUUUCAGGUGCUGAUAAGGGGAAGAAAUCUGGUUGGAAGCACAAAGUAGAGGGGAGUAGUCAGAAUUCUGGUCAAGAAUCUGGUGAAAACCGAGGUUAUCCUGAUCCUUGCAAGCACUGUAACAAGAAAGGACAUCCUCAUUGGAGGUGUUGGAAGAAUUUAAAGUGCAGAAGGUGUGACAAACUUGGUCACAUUGAAAAAUUCUGUAAGUCAAAAAUGGCACAGCAAACAGAGGUGGUGAAUGCUGAUACAAAGGAGGUAGAGCAGAUGUUCGUGGCUUCAUGCUUUGUCUCCAAGAGUGAAGAUGAUAAUUGGUUGAUCGACAGUGGUUGUACAAACCACAUGACAGGUAACCAAAAUCUUUUCAAAACUCUGGAUAAAUCUGUUAAAGCUAGAGUUAGAAUAGGUAAUGGUGAAUUUAUUGCUGUCGAAGGCAAAGGUGACGUAGUGUGCAAAGGUCCUAAUGGUUGGAGAGUGUUGUCCGAUGUGUUGUUUGUGCCUAAGAUCGAUCAGAAUCUCCUAAGUGUGGGACAACUGAUUGAUAAAGGUUACAAAGUGUUAUUUGAUAAUCAGGAGUGUAUCAUCAAGGAUACUUCUGAUCGAGUGCUGUUUAAAGUUGGAAUGCGAAACAAGGCUUUCGUUUAA